AUGACUAGGUCUUCCUUUGCAACAUUGCUUGAACUUGACCUGGAGAUUGAGAGAACCUUUUGGGCUUUAAGGAGACAAGCUAGGUCAGCAGCAACUUGUGAGAGCAGAAUUUCAGAGAUGGAUAAUCAGAUAAUAGAAGGGGAUAGAACUAUGAAAGAACUUGCAGCACCAGAUGUGGCUUAUAAGUACUCAUGUAUUACUUAUCCAGACUUGGCAGGACAUUUUGAACUUAGAUCAGGACUUAUUCAUCUGCUUCCCAAAUUUCAAGGGUUAUCAGGAGAGGAUCCCAACCGCCAUCUACAUGAAUUCCAUGUGGUUUGUUCUACCAUGAAACCACAGGGGAUUUCAGAAGAAGCCAUUAAGUUGAGGGCCUUUCCAUUCUCUUUGACAGGAGCAGCAAAGGACUGGUUAUAUUGCCUUCCAGCUGGAUACAUUACUAGUUGGAUUGAUAUGAAGAAAGCAUUUUUGGAGAAAUUUUUCCCAGCUUCUAGGACUGCAACUAUCAGGAAGAGCAUUUGUGGUAUUCAGCAAGUAGUGGGAGAGACUCUUUAUGAUUAUUGGGAGAGAUUCAAGAAGCUGUGUUCGAGUUGUCCACAACAUCAGAUUAGUGAUCAGCUUCUUGUUCAAUAUUUCUAUGAGGGUCUACUUCCUAUGGAUAGGAGCAUGAUAGAUGCAGCAGCUGGAGGAGCCUUGGUGAAUAAGACUCCAAAUCAAGCAAGAGAGUUAAUUUCAAAUAUGGCAGAAAAUUCACAGCAAUUUGGGAGUAGAGCUCUUGGGACUAGAGUGGUUAAUGAAACUCAUUUGGUUUCGAAUGAGCAACAAGAAAUCAGAAAUAAUUUGCAAGAAUUGACCUCUCUAGUGAAGCAAAUGGCGUUGCAAAAUUCAAGUCAUGUUUCAAAUUUUCCUUUAUCAAUGAUGAAGUUGUGUGGAAUUUGUUCAAGCCAAGAUCAUUCUUCGGAUCAUUGUCCUAAUUUAUAUCAAGAUGAAUCUGUUGCAGCCAUUUCAAGACCUCAAUUUCAGCAACACAAGUAUGAUCCUAACUCUUCAACUUAUAAUCCGGGAUGGAGGGAUCAUUCUAAUUUGAGGUAUGGGAACACAUUUUAUCAGCAGCCAACAUAA